AUGGCAAUCCGGCACUCCCGGCUGGCCAUACCAAUGCUUUUCCUUCUCCUUCUUUGGGUCGCCCCUUCGGCAGCGCACAUGACGAUGUCGGAGCCCCCACCGAUCAAUUAUAAAGACAACCCAAAUUACAGUAGCGCCAAGGGCGACUUCGAUUAUAGUGCUCCUCUAUCCCCUUCCGGGUCCAACUACCCAUGCAAAGGGCAUCUUAAAGACUUGGACGCGCCGGAGGGCAAACCUGUGAGAACCUAUGCACAGGGCGGAACCUAUAACAUGGUGUACGUAUCAGCCGAAACCCUGACAUAUCCCAAUCUCCCCGAAUGGGCACUGACAUGGCUCCAUAAUUCCAGUAUAUCUGGCUCAGCUGUACAUGGUGGUAAGUAAACAAAAAAAAAAAAAAGUUAAAAAAAAAUACCCAAAACCAGAGAACUAGUCAGAGUAAAACUUACUAAUUACUACACCUGCGAUAGGUGGAUCAUGUCAAUGCUCCCUCUCCUAUGAUAAGGGCAAGACCUUUACGGUCAUAAAAUCCUUCGUAGGAAAUUGUCCCCACGCAAGCCCCGGUGGCGAUCAAACCUUCAAAUUCACAAUUCCCAAAGAUGCGCCAUCCGGCAAUGCCGUCUUCGCCUGGUAACUAUAUGACGCGCGUCACCGGAAGAAGAGAAAGUGCAAAAGGCUCAUGAGAUAUGUCAGGACCUGGUUCAACAAAAUCGGAAACCGAGAGAUGUAUAUGAACUGCGCAUCGGUCACUAUCGGCGGUGGCGCAAGAAGCAGAGCGAUGGCCAAGAGAGCUCCUAGCGGUCCCGAGGUAUUCAAAGCGAAUAUCGGCAAUGGAUGCACGACCGCAGCGGGAACGGAUGUAGUUUUUCCCAAUCCCGGGACGAGCAUUCAGUACGAUGGCGAUACUGGUGCCAGGGCCCCACCGGGCGGUAGCUGCCAAGGGCAAGGUGGAGGAAAUUCCGGAGCUGGUGGGGGUAGCGGGGGUGGCAGUGGGAGUGGAACUGGAGCUGGCACAAGUGGAACAGGCACAGGUGGUAGCGGUGGAGGUGGUAGUUCCGGUGGCACCGGCACAACCGGGAGCGACACCAGCGGCGCCGGAACAGGCACCACGGGGGGAGGAGGUGGUGGUGGUGCAAAUACAGGUGAGGUUUCCGAAGCUUUCAUUUCGUCUUCCCGGGGAGCGGCGACAGGUAGUGCCACCCGCCGUGCUUCAUCGAGUGCUGCAAAGAAGACCAGUAAAACGGUUGCAAAAUCCCAGUCCCACACUUCGCCCAAUACCCCCGUCCGCACUGGCGGGGGUGGAGCUGGAGGGGACGUGGUGGUGAGCACGGUCAACCCCGCGGCCCCGACGGGAGAUGGAGUUGUUGAAACUAACGUAGCGGGGGGCGAUUCAGGGCCUAGCAGUGUGCAGGAUACUCAAGGGUGCGCUUAUUGGAGGGCUCAGGGUUAUGUUUGCAGUGGGGCUUCCAAAUCUUUGCUUGGGAGGAAGGAGCUAUUGCAGAUGUUCGGAGGAGUCUUGGUGGUCCUGCUUAUUUCCGGACUG